UUGCUCUAUCCAUCACACAGCUUCUUUUGUGUUGUUUUUUUUCUUCCAGAAAUUGGACCCGUAACAAUCACAACAGACCCAAAGAAGUUCCAGAAUGAGCUGAGAGAGUUGUACGUUCAGGGAGGUGGUGACUGUCCAGAGAUGAGCAUUGGUGCUAUUAAGAUUGCUUUGGAGAUCUCCUUGCCAGGGUCCUUCAUUUACGUCUUUACAGAUGCUCGAUCUAAAGAUUACAAGUUGACGCACGAUGUCCUGCAGCUUAUUCAACAAAAACAGUCACAGGUGGUGUUUGUGUUAACAGGAGACUGUGACGACAGGACCCACAUUGGCUAUAAGGUAUAUGAGGAGAUUGCCUCUACAAGUUCUGGCCAAGUCUUCCAUUUAGACAAGAAACAGGUCAAUGAGGUUCUUAAAUGGGUGGAGGAGGCAGUGCAGUCCUCAAAGGUCCACCUGCUGUCCACUGAUCAUUUCAGUCAGGUCAGCAACACUUGGCAGAUGCCUUUUGACCCCAGCCUGAAGGAGGUCACAGUGGCUCUCAGUGGCCCAGCACCUGACAUCGAGAUAAAAAACCCACAGGGGAAGCUUGUUGGAAGGAAUGACGGCCUAACAGAGCUCUUGCACAUUCCCAACUCAGCCAAAGUUGUCAACAUCAAGGACCCACAUCCCGGGUUGUGGUCUAUCAAGACCUCAAGUGAAGGACGACACUCCGUGCGAAUCACCGGUCUCAGCACCAUUGACUUCCGAGCUGGGUUUUCUAGGAAGCCCACCCUGGAUUUUAAGGCGACUUCCAGUAGGCCAGUUCAGGGUAUUCCAACACACAUCCUUCUCAACACUACCGGACUUUCUCCUCCCGCUCGGCCCGACAGGCUGGAACUCAUCACAAUCACAGGAGUAGUUAUCAAAACUUUGCCUAUCCGUUAUUAUCCCGAGCGCCAGCCCUAUAGCCUCUGGAACAUCACAGAGUUCAUCCCACCCGAUGAGGCUUUCUUCCUGCGGAUGACAGGAUACGACAGGGAUGGUUUUUCGUUUCAGAGAGUUUCCAGUGUUUCUUUCUCUGGGAUUGUACCAAAUGCACCUAAAGUGGUUAUGCCAGCUACUACUAACGGUUACUACCUCCAGAAAGGGGCUGUCAGUUGCCAGGUAGAGAGUUUGAUACCCUUCACUCUACGCUUCAGCGCAGAUGGGAAGCGACUUGGGGAGGACCAGCUCUUCAGUGAGUCUGACAGUGCAUCAUGGGAAAUAAACCAGGUAACUCUUAAGGAUGAGGGCUACUACGAAUGCAUAGCUAUCAGCAGUGCUGGAACCGGGCGAGCUCGCACCUUCCUGGAUGUGUCAGAACCUCCUCCGGCCAUCACAGUUGAGAGUAAUGUCACAGCCUCCCCUGGAUCGAGUGCUAUGCUCACCUGUCAUGUGGUCAGCACCGUCAGCUUCAACGUCACCUGGCUGCGUGGAGGCCUGAAUGCCCGCCUGGAUCCACGGGUAAACAUCCUAGCCAACCGUUCCCUGCAGGUCUCUGCUGUAACCCCUGACCACUCGGGCUGGUAUGAGUGCAUUGCAACCAAUGAAGGAGGGGUGACUGCAGAUCGGAUCUAUCUGACGGUGCAAGAGCUUCCCAGGGUGUCAGUGGAGCCAAAGAAUCAGACCUUUAUGACGGGUGAUGAUGUGAGGAUCAGGUGCUCGGCCAGUGGCUAUCCGCCACCUCGCCUUGUCUGGACGCACAAUGACAUGUUCAUCAUGGCAUCCAGCAGACACAGGAUGACUCCUGAUGGAACGCUGGUUAUUAGAAACAUGGAGAGAAAGGAUGGAGGGGUGUAUGGCUGCUUGGCCAGCAACCCUGCUGGUACUGACACGAUGACCUCCACUCUCACUUAUCUUGAAUCUCCUAAGGUGACAGUACCGACAAGUGAGAUUCUCUCUGGCAUUGGAGCAACCACUGUGAUGGCCUGUUCAGCAUCGGGCAUCCCUCAGCCUGAGAUCUGGUGGUACAAAGGUGAUGUCCAGCUGCAGUCCUCAUCCCUUUUGGAGGUAGACAGAUUUGGUGGAACUCUCACCAUCAAGCAAACCCAGAAUGUUGAUGCUGGAGAUUACACCUGCCUCGCUGUCAAUGCUGCUGGCUCUUCAUCAGGGAAGAUAUCGCUUGAUGUUGGAGCUGCACCCAGAUUCACUCGAAAGCCAUCAGACAUGGCGGUGGACAUUGGCUCCAACAUCACCCUGUCAUGUCAUGCCCAAGGAUACCCUGAGCCACUGGUCACAUGGAGGAGAGAGGACGGGUCCCCUCUAUUCAACAGGCCACGCAUACAUGGCAGUAUAUCCCAGAGGAGAGGAGAUCUACAUAUAAUCAAUCUGUGGAUAGAGGAUGAGGCGGUGUAUAUCUGCGAGGCCCAAAACAGCUUUGGAAGAGUCGAAACUCAGGCCAACAUCACUGUGACUGGACUCGUUUCACCAGUCAUUGCCAUGAAUCCGGCAGUGCUGAGUGUAACCGAGGACCAGCAGCUAACUCUUCUCUGUGUGCUGCUGGCUGGGAAUCCUCUGCCUGAGAGGCAGUGGUUGCACAACUAUGGCCUGGUGACCUCGGACCCGUAUGUAACAGUCAGGAGGGAUGGCAGUCUCCAUAUUGAGAGAGUUCGGCUGGAUGAUGCGGGCGACUACACCUGUUUGGCUGAGAAUGUUGUUGGGGCCACCAAUCAAACAACCAUCGUCAAUGUCUACGCGAUUCCAAGUAUCCAGCAUGGUCCCCAAGUCUUUAGCACAACCGAGGGAACACCUAUAUCUCUACCCUGUCGUGCCAGUGGAAUACCAAGCCCUGACAUCACCUGGACCAAGGGUGGGGAGCUGCUGAACUUGGGUGGUCCAGCCUUCUCUUUGGACUCUGAUGGAAGCCUCCUCAUCACUUCUCCCUCUGGAAAUGAGACUGGAGAAUUUAUCUGCACAGCUACCAAUGCCGCUGGCCAUGUAUCCAGAAAGGUCCAGCUCACAGUCUAUGGUAACCCGCACACUAAUUUAGUCCGACCCAGGCCCCAUGCUGUUGGCAAUGGAGGCUCAGCAGAGCCAGUGAAGAUGUCAGUGAUUGAGGGGGAAGAUACUGUUUUGCCAUGUGAUGUCCACAGUGUUCCACCUCCCACCAUAAGCUGGGCCAAAGAGAAGCAGCUCAUCUCCCCUUUCUCUCCACGGCAUAACCAGCUUCCCUCUGGAUCCAUGAAGAUCUUAGAAACCAGACUUUCAGACAGUGGGCUUUACAUUUGUGUUGCCUCCAAUAUUGCUGGAAACUUGACUCUAAUGACUGAGCUGAGUGUUUUGGUACCCCCAAGGAUUCAGCCUGGUCCCAAAGUAAUGAAGGCACAAGUGGGUCACUCGGUGGAGCUCCCAUGCGUGGUCAGAGGGGUCCCAGAGCCGACACUCACCUGGACUAAGGACAGUAAAGCAUACCCAGUGUCACCUGAUGGCAGCCUGGUGCUGAAGAACGUGGGGCUGGAGGAUGAAGGAACAUACACCUGCACAGCCACCAGUCCUGCAGGCAGUGAUGAGGCUCAGGUGGAUCUUCAAGUUCAAGUGCCCCCGGUUGUUGAAGUACUGGAGCCCCCCUUCAACAGCCCUUUGCAGGAGAGAGUUGAAAACCAGCGAAUCGCCUUCCCCUGCCCUGCCAAAGGUCUCCCUAAGCCAGUGAUUCGUUGGUUGCGAAACGGCCAGGAGCUGACAGGCAAUGAGCCUGGUGUAUCCAUCCUCAAGGAUGGCACUCUUCUUAUUCUUGCCUCUGUCUCACCUCUGGAUAACGGGGAGUAUGUCUGUACUGCUGCCAAUGAUGCUGGAUCCACGGAGAAAAAGUACCAACUCAAAGUCAAUGUGCCUCCGAAUUUCCCUGACAUGUCAGGCAACGUGUCAGUGGUCCUGAGCCAGCCCACCAGCUUGGUUUGUGACGUCACAGGAAGUCCAACCCCUGUCAUCACCUGGUACAAAGAUGGGUCCCCUGUAGUUACCAGUAACAGCAUCCAGAUUCUUGAUAUGGGGAAAACACUGAGACUACUGAAGGCGAAAACUACAGAUGCAGGCAGCUACAGCUGUAAAGCCAUCAACAUCGCAGGCAGCAAAGAAAAAGACUUCUUCUUGGAUGUUCUUGUCCCACCAACAAUUGUUGGUUCUGGCUCUCCUCAAGAUGUCUCAGCCAUUCUUAAACAAGAGGUCACUCUAGAGUGCAAUGUGCAAGGAUCGCCCUCUCCCACAGUCCAGUGGUACAAGGACAGGAAGCUUGUGUUUCUAGGGGAUCCCAAUCUAGAGGUCAUCAACAGGGGUCAGGUUUUGAGAAUUAAAAGUGCCCGUCUGGGAGACCAGGCCCGCUACCAGUGUAGUGUCGUGAACGCAGCAGGAAAACAGUCCAAAGACUUCAAUCUCAUUGUCUAUGUGCCCCCUUCCAUCAAAGGAGGCAACCUGACCACAGAGGUGACGGCACUGCUGAACACCAUGGUAACGCUGGAAUGUGAGGCACGUGGGGUGCCACUGCCCACCAUCACCUGGUACCACAAAGGAGAGGUCAUCCUGUCGAGCCGCAAGGCUCAGUACGUGGAGCGAGGUCACCGCCUAAAGAUUCCUCGAGCGCAGGCGUCUGACGCCGGUCUGUACACCUGCAAGGUGACCAGCGUGGCUGGGAGCGCUGAGAAGAGCUAUGGGCUGGAUGUCUAUUUGCCUCCUACCAUUGCAGGAGGGGACGACGGCCCGACUGAGAGGAAAGUGGUUCUAGCUAAAUCUCUGAUCUUGGAGUGUGAGGCAGAAGGUUAUCCCACACCCUCACUCACCUGGCUGAAAGAUGGAGUCCCUGUGCGUGACGGGCAAAGUGUUCAUGUGCUUGAGCAGGGGAGGAAAAUCGAAAUCCUGUCAGCCACCGUCUCAGACUCAGGACGCUACAUCUGUGUGGCCACAAGCAUCGCAGGGGAGAAAGAGGUCAAAUAUGAUGUCAGAGUUUUAGUUCCACCUUUCAUUAAUGGAGCUGAAGAUGUCACGGAUAGCACAGUUGUCAUCAACACCCCCUUGGAGCUGGAGUGUCACGCUACUGGAACACCUGCACCCGUCAUCACAUGGUAUAAAGGUGGAAAACCAGUCAAACAAGGUGAAGGAGUGCGUAUUGCAGCCAACGGGAGACAGCUGGUUGUCUCCCGCACUCAGGUCUCUGACACAGCUCGUUUCCAGUGUGUGGCCACCAACGAGGCGGGAGACCAUGAGAGGGAUUUCAAUGUGGUGGUGCAUGUUCCUCCAUCUAUGCGUACCACUGGACCUGCUGAACGUUCAGUAAUUCUACACAAGUCUGUCAGUUUGGAUUGCAUCUCUAGUGGCAUCCCUCCACCAACUAUCACCUGGCUUAAAGAUGGCCGACCUGUUGACACAACAAAGGAGCACCUUAAGUUGCAGUCAGCAGGCAGAACUCUCAAGAUUACAGAGGCAAGACUUGAAGAUUCAGGGAGAUACACGUGCCUAGCCACCAAUGCAGCUGGUGAAGCUCAACAGCACAUUCAACUCAGUGUCCAUGAGCCUCCCAGAAUUGCUUCCUCUGGAAAGAUCAUCAACCAGACCAUUCUGUCAGGCUUUCCCACCGAACUUGAGUGCAAGGCCACAGGAAGCCCAUUACCUGCUAUCUCUUGGUACAAAGAUGGCCGACCUCUGACCGGUGCAGCUGGUAUGUCGAUGCUGAAGCACGGCCAGGUGCUGGAGAUUGAGAGAGCUCAACUGUCUGAUGCUGGAAUGUACAAAUGUUUAGCUGUCAACGUGGCUGGAGCUGCAGAAAUACUUUACGGCCUACAGGUGUUUGUGCCUCCGGUUAUUUCCAGUCGAGGUGGUACAGUUACAGUCGUGGUAAAUGAAGCCACCAGGUUGGAAUGUGAGGCCUCUGGUGUUCCCAUGCCCAGUCUCACAUGGCUAAAAGAUGGCAGCCCAGUGGCAAGCGUUUCACAUGGCAUACAGGUUUUGUCUGGGGGCAGAGUUCUGUCUCUGAACAGCGCACAGAUUAGUGAUACUGGCAGGUACACCUGUGUGGCUGUAAAUGCUGGAGGAGAACAACAAAGAGAGUACAACCUGAGGGUUUAUGUGCCGCCUAACAUUGAGGGGGAGGAGGUGAAUGCAACAGUAAUGUUUGGACAUCCAGUGGAGCUGCACUGCCAGAGCGAUGCAGUCCCCCCACCUACCCUCACUUGGCACAAAGAUGGCCGCCCCCUCUUUAACAAACCUGGUCUGACUGUCUCUGCAGAUGGAAGCUUACUCAAGGUUGAUAGUGCCAAAGUGCAGGAUGCUGGCAGAUAUACCUGUGAAGCCACAAAUGUUGCUGGAAAAACAGAAAAGAACUAUAACGUCAAUAUUUGGGUUUCUCCCAGCAUCCGCGGCUCAGAUGAGGCGUCUCCCCUUACCGUGAUUGAGGGAAGCCUUAUCACAUUGGUAUGUGAGUCCAGUGGCAUUCCACCACCUAACCUGACAUGGAGAAAGGAAGGUUCUGAACUCAAGUCAGACCAGCGUGUAAAGGUUCUGUCAGGAGGCCGUCAGCUGCACAUCUCCAGAGCCGAGAAGACAGAUACAGCCUCUUACACAUGCACAGCCUCCAGCCCAGCCGGCACAACCUCCAAAGAGUACAACCUGCAGGUUUAUGUUCGCCCUUCCAUCAGGCGCAGUGAAGGCGAUGUUGAUGAUGUUACGGUGACCAAAGGGGGUGAUGUGACACUACAGUGUGCUGCUGAGGGCGUACCAAGACCUGCAGUCACGUGGUUGAAGGAUGGACGCCCAAUCACAGGCCAGCACGGAGCAAAAGUCCUGGACGAGGGGAGGUUGUUACAGAUAAAAAAUGCUAAGGUGUCAGAUACAGGACGGUACACCUGUAUCGCUGUUAACGUGGCGGGACAGGCCGACAUCAAGCAUGACAUCAGUGUGCACGUGCCACCUAGUAUAAUCGGUCAGAUGCAGUUUCCAGAAAAUGUGAGUGUCGUAGUGAAGAAUCCUGUCGCUCUGAGCUGCGAAUCUUCUGGCAUACCCCUUCCUGCCGUUUCCUGGCUAAAGGAUGGUCAACCAGUUAAGGCAACUAGCUCAGUGCGCAUCCUCUCAGGUGGGAGGAGUCUUCGUCUCUUGCAUGCCGCAGUAGAGGAUGCGGGGAGGUACACAUGUGUCGUUUCUAACAGCGCAGGAGAAGAAAGGAAAGACUUUGACCUCAACAUCUUUGUUCCACCGAGUGUUGUGGCGGAGGGAACAGUUGUGGAUUCUAAAGUAAAAGAGAAACACAACAUCACUCUAACCUGCGAAGCAACAGGCAACCCAGCACCAGAGAUUAAAUGGCUGAAGGAUGGACAGCUGUUGUUACCUGACCAGCGCCACCAAGUGUUGUCUCAUGGUCGCUUUCUACAAAUCUCUGAGGCCCAAGUUUCAGAUACGGGCAGGUACAGCUGCCUGGCGUCUAACAGUGCAGGAGACCGCAGCCGCCAUUUCAAUCUCAAUGUCCUGGUUUCACCCACUAUUGCUGGAUCUGGUCCUGACAAUUCUGCUGAGGAGGUUACGGUAACGCUGAGCAGCCCCACCUCACUGGUGUGUGAAGUCCAGUCUUAUCCUCCUGCUCUGAUCACUUGGCUCAAGGAUGGCACUCCGUUCGAAUCCACUCGCAAUGUCCGAGUCCUGCCAGGAGGGAGGACGCUUCAGAUUCUUACUGCUAAAGAGGAGGAUGCUGGAAGGUACACCUGUGUGGCUACAAAUGAGGCUGGAGAGACACUAAAACAUUAUGAGGUCAAGGUUUAUGUUCCACCCCAGAUCAAUAAGAAUGAUAUUCCUGGUGAGGGACUGGUCCCAAAAGAGGUCAAGAUCAAGAUCAACAGUACACUGACCCUGGAGUGUGAAGCUCAAGCCUUUCCUACCCCAGCACUGCAGUGGUAUAAAGACGGCCAGAUCCUGCAGCCAGAUGACCAUGUGUCCAUUACAGCCAAUGGACGCACUGUUCAGAUCAAGCAUGCACAGGUGUCAGACACCGGCCGCUACACGUGUGUAGCCACCAACAUAGCCGGAGAGGAUGAGAAGGACUUUGAUGUAAAUAUACAAGUUCCGCCUCAUUUUAACAGGCCUGGCGGAGUUGGUGAUACAACGUUGCACUCAGGCUUUGGAGAAGAUGCACGAGAUGUGAUACUUAACAAUCCCAUUUCUCUGUACUGUGAGACAAAUGCUGUACCCCCACCAACACUCACCUGGUACAAAGAUGGACACCUUUUAACAUCGAACGACAAAGUUUUGAUCUUACCAGGUGGGCGAGUCUUACAGAUUCCCCGAGCCCAGACUGAAGAUUCGGGCAGGUACACUUGUGUUGCCAUCAAUGAAGCAGGAGAGGACUCCAUCCAGUAUGAUGUUAGAGUGCUGUUACCACCGACCAUACGCAGAACAGACAGCGACAUGCCUGAUGAAGUCACUGUCCUGGUAAACAAAACCACUCAACUGGAUUGUCAUGCGGAUGGAAACCCCACGCCAAAGAUCAGCUGGUUUAAGGACAGCCAGUUACUCACCUCUCAAGGUCCAUAUAGGAUUUUGUCCAAUGGACGAACACUUCAGGUGUUGAGUGCUCAGGUAUCUGAUACAGGACGCUAUGUUUGUGAGGCUGACAAUGCGGCUGGAAGUGCAGAAAAACACUUUAAUCUUAAUGUUAAUGUGCCUCCCACUAUAAUUGGUGUGACUCCAGAAAAUAUGACAGUCGUGGUGAACAACUUUGUGUCCCUCUCUUGUGAGGCCACUGGCCUCCCCCGGCCCUCACUGAGCUGGCUAACUGAUAAGGGUCCUGUCCGUGCUAACUCUAAUAUGCUCAUCAUGCCAGGUGGUCGCACUUUACAGAUUCUUAAAGCAAAAGUGUCAGAUGGGGGAAAGUACAGCUGUGUGGCCAUGAAUGCAGCAGGAGAGGCUUACAAACACAUCUAUCUCACUGUAUUUGUUCCUCCCAUUAUCCGAGGAAACAGCAAAGACUCUCCCGUGGUGGUUAAUGUGCUGGUUGGCAAACAAGUAACUCUGGAGUGUGAGUCCAAUGCCAUCCCCCCUCCAACCAUCACCUGGUACAAGAAUGGCCGAGCGGUAACCGAAUCUGCCAACCUGCACAUUCUGGCAGAGGGACGGAUCCUUGAGAUCAGAGGCGCCGAGGUAUCUGAUACAGGACAGUAUGUUUGCAUGGCCACCAAUGUUGCUGGACAAGUGGACAAGAACUUCCACUUGAACAUCCAUGUUCCUCCUAGUAUCGAUGGUCCGUCCGAGGAGAAUGUUGUGGAAACCAUCAGUAACCCAAUUUCUUUUGCUUGCGAUGCUACUGGAAUCCCCCCGCCCAGUCUCACGUGGCUUAAAAAUGGACGUGCCAUAGAGAACUCAGACUCGUUGGAGAUGCACAUCUUCUCAGGGGGCAAUAAACUACAGAUUGCGCGGCUUCAGCUCUCUGACAGGGGCACUUUUACAUGUGUGGCCUCUAACAUAGAGGGAAAAGCACAGAAGAGCUAUCAUCUCAGCAUACAGGUACCACCUAGUAUCUCUGGAUCCGAGAUGCCCAGUGAGAUGGGAGUCCUGCUAAAUAAAAGUAUCCAACUGGUCUGCCAAGCUCAGGGAACACCUACCCCAAGGAUCCAGUGGCUGAAGGAUGGAGAAGUCAUCGACAUGGGAAGCAAAGGCUUAAGUGUCAGCCCUGAGGGCAACAUGCUGACUGUGGCCAGAGCUCAACCUGCGGAUAGUGGAAAAUACACCUGUGUGGCCACCAACCAAGCUGGAGAAGAGGACAGAAUUUUUAAUCUGAAUGUGUAUGUUCCUCCUGUAAUACUCGGCAACACUGAGGCUUCUUUGGAUCUGACAACUGUUCUUGACAAUUCUGUCAACAUUGAAUGCAUAGCCACUGGGUCUCCUCUGCCGCAGCUAAACUGGCUGAGGAACGGUCUGCCUCUUCCAGUCUCCUCCAACAUACAGCUCCUCUCUGCUGGACAGGUGCUCCGGAUCACACGGAUCCAGGUUUCUGAUAGUGGAAGCUACACCUGCGUGGCCUCAAACAGGGCGGGAGUGGACAACAGACAUUACAACCUACAUGUUCAUGUUCCUCCUGGUUUGGAUGAAGCUGGAAGCACGGGGGAUGUGACCGUGGUCAAAGGAAACUCGGCUUCUCUGUUGUGCAUAGCUGAUGGCACACCAACCCCAACUACUUCCUGGCUUAAAGACGGACUGACUCUAGUCCCUGACCACAACCUCAUUCUUCUCAACCUGAAUACCACCUUACAAAUUAGACAGGCCCGGGUCAACGACACAGGACGCUACACCUGCAUAGCCAGCAACGCUGCUGGUCAAGCAAGCCGUCACUUCAAUCUAAAAGUUCUUAACCCUCCACACAUUAAAGGAUCCGACAUGACAUCAGAAGUAUCUGUGGUGGUAAAUAACGUUCUGGAGCUCAAGUGUGAGGCCACAGGUGUCCCUCCACCCUCUCUGACCUGGUUGAAGGAUGGACGCCCACUCCUGCAGACGGACAGCCUCCGACUCUUACGUGGAGGAGAGGUUCUCCGUGUGGCCACUGUACAGCUGGAGGACACAGGCAGAUACAGCUGCUUAGCCAACAGUCCUGCUGGAGAUGAUGACAAGGAGUUCCUUGUUCGGGUGCAUGUUCCGCCUAACAUUGCGGGAGACAGCACCCCUCAGGAUGUGUCAGUCCUGCAGAACAGACAGGUAACACUGGAGUGCAAAUCUGAUGCUGUUCCACCUCCAACUCUGACAUGGCUCAAAGAUGCCAAACCACUGCAGGCCUCUGCUCGUGUGCGUGUCCUGUCUAGUGGUCGCUACUUACAAAUCAACAUGGCAGAGCUCAGCGACAGGGCUCAGUACACCUGUGUUGCAAGUAACAUUGCUGGCAACACCACGAGGCAGUUUAACCUGACUGUCAAUGUGGCUCCAGCUAUCAAGGACGGCUCCCAGACGGUGUCAGUGCAUGUUGACAAACCUGCAGUGCUUGAGUACACAUUUGCAGAGGAAGGGUCUUUAAACAUCUACUCUGCUCAAGUAACUGAUACUGGACGAUACCUGUGUAUGGCAACAAAUCAGGCUGGGACUCAGCGCAAGAGAGUAGACCUGCAGGUGUAUGUGCCUCCGUCCAUCGCUGAUAGUCACACCAAUGUGACCGUUAUUGUCAACGUGCAAACCACCUUAUUUUGUGAGGCCACUGGCAUUCCCAAACCCACCGUCAGCUGGCAGAAAAAUGGUCGGAUCAUCAAUACUGACCAGAAUCAGAAUAUGUACAGAUUACUAUCAUCAGGCUCCUUGGUUAUUAUAGCCCCUUCAGUGGAGGAUACAGCAGUGUACAGAUGUGUGGUCUCUAAUGAGGCAGGCAGUGACGACAGAUCCAUCAAUCUCACUGUAAUCGUUCCUCCAUCAAUAGCAGAUGAACCCACAGAGUUGGUCGUCAGCAGACUGUCACCAGUGGUCAUUGCUUGUACUGCAUCUGGAGUUCCUCAGCCCACAAUCCACUGGAGCAAAGACGGAAUGCCCCUACCCAAUAAGGGACAGGGAUACAGCAUCUUACCAACAGGUCCAGUAGAGAUCACAUCUGCUGAGCUCAGUCAUGAUGGCCGCUAUUCAUGUACAGCAAAGAAUAUUGCAGGCUCCACCCACCGCCAAGUACAGCUCACUGUCCAGGAACUCCCAGUGAUCCAGACCCAUCCAUCCAGCCUUGAUGUGAUCAUCAAUAACCUCAUCACUUUGCCCUGCAGAGCCACAGGCUCACCCAGACCCACGAUUACCUGGCAAAAAGAGGGCAUCAACAUACUAACAACUGGUGGUACUUUUACAGUACUGCCCGAUGGAAGUCUGCAGAUAUCCAAGGCGUCUUUGUCAGACUCUGGGACGUACAUGUGUGUGGCUCAAAAUCCCGCAGGCACUGCACUGGGCAAGACCAAGCUCAGAGUGCAAGUUCCUCCAGUGAUCCGUUCAGAGACUCGGGAGUAUGUGGCGCCUGUGGACAACUCUGUGAUGCUGCAGUGUUUAACCGAGGGCUCCCCUUCUCCCUCCGUCACAUGGUACAAAGAUGGGCAAAUGCUGAGUGAUUCUUUACGUCAGCGGGUGCUCAGCUCAGGAUCUCUGCAGAUAGCCUUCAUUCAGCCCACCGAUGCUGGACGAUACACUUGCACUGCUGCCAAUGCAGCAGGCACCGUCAGCUUGGACAUGAGCCUCACUGUACAGAUUCCUCCCUCCAUUCGCGGUGGAGAGCAGGAGGUUGUGGCAGUGGAAAGCGGUCAUGUGCAGCUCUUGUGUGUGGCUGAGGGCAUUCCACAGCCCACACUGAGCUGGGAAAAAGAUGGGAAUCCUCUCAGUGAAAUCAUGGGGGAGUACACGAUCCUUCCAUCUGGGGAGCUGGCUAUUGACAGUGCUCAGCCUGAUGAUGCCGGCAGUUAUACCUGCAUUGCCACUAAUUCAGUCGGGCAGGACAGUUGGACCGUUGCUCUGUCAGUUCACACUCACCCUGUUUUCACUGAGCUACUUGAAGAUGUGGCCCUCAACAAGGGUGACCGGCUUGUACUGGCCUGUGCUGCCAUUGGCAUCCCCUUACCCAGAAUCACAUGGACCUUCAACAACAACAUCAUCCCAGUUCACUACGAUCAUUUGAACGAUCACAGUGAGCUGGUGAUUGAGAGAGUAAACAAAGACGACUCUGGUACCUACACCUGUGUGGCGCAAAACAGUGUUGGAACACUCAAGUCUUUGGGCUAUAUCUAUGUAAAAGAGCCUCCAAUCAUUGACGGUGACCUCCACUCCAACCGUAUUGAGCCUCUGGGGGGUAAUGCUAUCCUAAACUGUGAGGUACGAGGGGACCCGCUGCCGAAAAUUCAGUGGACCAAAAAUGGAAUAAACAUCCAGAUCAGCAACCGAAUCCGUCAACUUAAUAAUGGCUCUCUGGCCAUCUACGGCACAGUGAGUGAAGACGCAGGAAACUACAUGUGUGUAGCAACAAACGAUGCUGGUGUGGUUGAAAGAAGUGUCAGCCUUACUCUACAGAGUGCACCCACGAUUGUUGUGGAGCCAGUUGGAACUGUAGUGGAUGCAGGCUCCACGGUUGUACUGAACUGUCAGGCGGAGGGCGAGCCUGCACCCAUGAUAGAGUGGUCCCACCAGGGACGCCGCCUCCGGGCCAACCAGCGCUUCUCCGUUUUGUCCAACGGUUCCCUGAAGAUCAGCAGUGCCCAGAAGGAGGACACGGCUGAAUAUGAAUGUGUGGCCAGAAACCUGCUUGGAUCAGUGCUGGUCAGGGUCUCCCUCACUGUACGGGUCCAUGGAGGGUACUCAGAGUGGACAGAAUGGAGCCCCUGUAGUGUAUCCUGUGGUGCAGGAGUUCAGAAGAGGUUAAGGGAGUGUAACAAUCCUUUACCCGCCAACGGAGGACGUCACUGCUCAGGAUCAGAUACAGAAAGGCGCAGCUGUCUGGCAAAGCCAUGUCCAGUGGACGGUCACUGGUCUGAGUGGUCUCCAUGGGAGGAGUGUUCACGCACUUGUGAUCAGGGUAACAGAACCAGGACCCGGACCUGCAGUAACCCUCCAGCUCAGAAUGGAGGGAGGACAUGUGAGGGAAAGGCAGUGGAGGUCAUCAUGUGCAGUGUCAGACCUUGUCCAUUGGCGGGUAACUGGGGAUCUUGGCUGCAAUGGAGCCCGUGCAGUGAGACGUGCGGUAAGGGCAUGCAGUCCAGGAUCCGGCUAUGCAAUAACCCCCCUCCAGCGUUUGAUGGGCCGCAGUGUGAGGGCACAGACACCCAGUCACAAAUCUGCAAGGAGAGACCUUGUCCUGUGGAUGGCAAGUGGUCGUCAUGGAUGAACUGGGGAGCCUGCACUGUUUCCUGUGGGGGUGGCACUAGGCAGCGUGCACGCCUCUGUGCUAGUCCUGCUCCUCAGCAUGGUGGCAGGAAGUGCGAGGGUAAUGAUGUGCUCGUAGAUUUCUGCAACAAUGAUCCCUGUCCCGUUCAUGGUAAUUGGGGUCCAUGGAACGGCUGGGGCAGCUGCAGUAAGACAUGCGACGGAGGGCAAAUGAGGCGCUACCGGAGCUGUGACAACCCCAGGCCUGCAUAUGGUGGGAGGGAGUGUGCAGGUGCUGAUACACAGAUACAAAGAUGCAGCACAGACAACUGCCCAGUUGAUGGAAACUGGGGUUUAUGGCAGCCAUGGGGGGAAUGUUCCUCAUCUUGUGGAGGCGGACAGAAGACACGUGUACGGCUCUGUAACAGUCCAUCUCCAAGUAAAGGUGGCCAGUCGUGUCCCGGAGACUCCACUCAACUCUCCAGGUGUAAUACUCAGGCGUGCCCAGGUGGGCCACAACAGGCAAGAGGAAGCAUCUUAGGAAACAUCAAUAAUAUUGAGUUUGGUAUUGCUAUCCUUAAUGCCACCAUCACUGACAGCCAGUCUGGAAGUAGGAUCAUAAAAGCCACUAUUUCUAAUGUACCAAGGGCAUUAGGUCCAGCGAUGAGGAAGCUUAUUUCUAUCCUAAACCCUAUCUAUUGGACCACUGCACGGGAAGUUGGGGGGGCUUCCAAUGGCUAUACACUAACUGGAGGUAUCUUCAGGCGUGAGACGCAGGUGGAGUUUGCCACAGGUGAAAUCUUGAGGAUGAUCCACACAGCCAGGGGCCUGGAUUCUGAUGGAGCACUGCUAGUUGACAUUAUUGUUAAUGGGCACAUCCUACAGCUGCCUUCACAAGCGGAGAUGAGCAUCAAGGACUACACUGAGGAUUAUAUUCAGACUGGCCCAGGUCAGCUGUAUGCUCUGUCCACUCGUAUGUUCACCGUUGACAGGGAGAGUGUUCCCUAUUCCUGGAACCAUACCAUCACCUAUGAUCCAGCCAAAGGGAAGAUGCCCUACUUGGUAGAAACACUCCAUGCGACAGCCAUCAGUGCUCUCUACCACCCAAAGGACGAGGUGUUGGAGUAUAGCAUCCAGGCUAGCAUUACAAAAGGUGAUAGAAGUAACCAGUGCCCACAUGGCUUCUCUUUGGUGCCUUCCGGGCCUUACUGUGCAGAUGAGAAUGAAUGUGAGGCUGGGAAUCCCUGUUCUCAUACCUGCCACAACAGCAUGGGUACCUACUACUGCUCCUGUCCCCAAGGACUCACAAUCUCUGCUGAUGGCCGGACCUGCCAGGACAUUGAUGAGUGCACACUGGGUGGGAACACAUGCCACGAUGGACAAGACUGUGAGAACACCAUUGGCUCCUACAGAUGCGUUAUGCGCUGUGGGCGGGGCUUCAGGAGAACAGCGAAUGGGCUCAGCUGCACAGACGUGAAUGAGUGUCAGGAGUCAAGUCCAUGUAAUCAACACUGCUUGAAUACCAUUGGCAGCUAUCGCUGUGCUUGUGAGCCGGGCUUUCAGCUCAAGAACAGACGGUGCAUAGAUAUAAACGAGUGCAGGCAGAGGGUGUGCCGCUCUGAUCAGCAAUGCAAAAACACGCGGGGUGGUUACACCUGUAUUGACCUUUGCCCCACUGGUAUGACCAAAGGUGGUAAUGGAACAUGUGUAGACAUCGAUGAGUGCAGAGACGGCAGCCACCAGUGCAGAUACAACCAGAUCUGUGAGAAUACCAGAGGCAGCUACCACUGCACAUGUCCACGUGGAUUUAGAUCACAGGGACUAGGACGGCCUUGUGUUGACAUAAAUGAGUGUGAGCGGCCUCCACAGCCCUGUGCCCACCAGUGCAUCAACACCCCUGGCAGCUUCAAGUGCGCCUGCCCGCCAGGGAGCCACCUGCUGGGGGAUGGCAAGUCCUGCGCUGGGCUGGAGCGGCUGCCCAGCUAUGAAAGUUACUCGUAUGGCUACCGAACCUCUCAGUCCUCUCGUGAGCACAGCCCCGGCCAGCGGCUCUACCACAGCCUGGCCUCUCAAAGCUUCCACUCCUACCGAGCCACCGCAAACGGGCACCACAGGAACCGUGGCCGCAGAGAGAGCCGCGAGCGCUCCUCACAGCAGGUCGUCCUCUCUUGUCAGCAGGGCUUUGAGCCCAGGGGUGGCCGCUGCUUAGACAUCAAUGAAUGCGAACUGAGGGACACCUGCCAACAUGAGUGCAUGAACACGCCAGGAAGCCACAGAUGCCUCUGCCCUGCUGGUUACCGCCUAAUGACCAAUGGCAAGACAUGCCAAGAUGUGGAUGAGUGUCUGGAGCAGAACAUCCAGUGCGGAGCUAAUCAAAUGUGCUUCAACAUGAGAGGAAGUUACCAGUGCAUCGACACGCCCUGUCCACCGAACUACCACAGGGAUCCAGCCACAGGGUUCUGCCUGAAGAACUGCCCACCAAAUGAUGUGGAGUGCGCCCUCAGCCCUUAUGCACUGGAGUACAAGCUGCUGUCUCUUCCUUUUGGGAUAGCAGCCAACCAGGAUCUCAUCAGGUUGGUUGCCUACACACAAGAUGGUGUGAUGCACCCCAGGACCAGCUUCCAGGUGGUGGAUGAGGACGUCACGUUACCAUUUGCCCUGCGAGACGAGAACCUGAAGGGAGUACUGUUCACCACGAGGCCUCUACGAGAACCGCACACGUAUCGGAUGAAAGUCCGAGCUCUCUCCUACAGUGAGGACGGUGCCAUUGAGUACCAAACGACUUUCAUUGUCUACAUCGCCGUCUCUGCCUACCCUUACUGAGAGCACUUUAAAAGACACGAGACAAACAUGCGAUGAUAAACUGCAUUUUCCACUGAAGAAAGUGAGUGGAUGUGGUUUUGAAAAACCACGCCAGUCUACAGACUGAAAGGAGGACUUGUGUUGAGGAUGGAAAAGAGCCAGAAAAUGGACACAGACCUGAAGACACUUGGAAGAUUAAAGAAAAUAUCAAAGAGGCUGAUGGAACAGAUGCCUUUUUUGGCUUUAAUCUCAGUAGUGGAAGACUUACAUAACUCCAUCAGGACUUGAUUAGUCAAAUUUUAUAUAUUCUGUUAAUCAUGUUUAUUUUCUUCCCCACUUCACAGUUAUUUAUAAGAUCUAUUACAUUUUAUUCUACAAAGCUGAAGCUCCCAUUGAUGUCUGAGUGAAUACAUUUCAUCCCCCCGUAAGCUCAUUGUGCCUUUACAUCUACCUAUGUUUAACUUAUUGGGAAGUGCUUGAACAUGAAAAAUGGGCAGUCUCUGCUCUUUUUUAGCCUCAUUAGCAGUCACUGCAGUGGAGGUGUUACUAUUUAAAAUUGGUGCUCAAAUUGGUCAUUGAAGACUACCACAUAAUCUGCAUCAUCAGGUCAUGGUCCAUCAUACAGAAGUGUCUCGAAAAGAUCAGCUGCCAGUCUUAUUAGCUCACCCAUUCAACACUAGAAAUUUCCAUCAAGUGUUUGAUACCAAGAUGUAUUUUUUUAUGUCUUGUACAAAGGUGUUGUUUUUCAUAUUAUGUAAUGAUGUACUUGUACUUAUUGUAUCCAUUUUGUAAUAAAAAUGUAAUAAAUUAAAUCACAGUGAGAUUAGAAAUUAUGCUUAUCUACAACCUUACUGCAUAAUUUGGCAUUAAUCUUUGAUAAGAUCCUCAAGCUCA